AUGAAAUUCGGCCAACGCCUCGAGCAAGAAUCCGUCCUAGAAUGGGGUAUACACAAUGUCGAUUAUAACUCGCUCAAAUAUGAAAUAAAGACACAUACAAGCCGGGACCAGGCCCGCGCCAUGGUCAUUCCCGGCCAGAAGGACAUGGCGCUGGAGCGUUUUGAAAGCACAUUCUUCGAUGAGCUGGUGGCGCAACACGACCGGGUCAACUUGUUUGUUGCGAGCAAGGCGUCAGAACUCUCCUACAGACUAGACUACCUCGCCGAUUCCAUAGACCGCUUAGCCUCGAAAUGCGCCCGCACGACCGCCCCCAUGUCCCUCAAGCGCCAGCGUCGUCUUAUCAAGUACCAGCAAGAUAUUCUGCAAUGCGGUGACGAUGCCCAGGCUCUCACCCGCUUCGUAGCAGCCCAGACAGAAGCGUUCCGCAAGAUCCUCAAGAAAUACAAGAAAUGGACGGGUUCUGCUGCCUUGGGCCAACGUUUCCGUGAGCACGUACUUUCGGACCCCAAAUCAUUUACUCGGCGCGACUUUUCGCACCUACGGUCCCGCUAUGACGAAACCCGGGCGGUCCUCCGCACCUCGCUGCCCCAGAUCACCAGAAUCGUUCAAACCCCUGCCACCCCGCAAAUGCUAUAUUGGAAUGAAUAUGAUCAUGGCAGCGAUAAUGAGGGAACCGAGGAUACAUACACCCUUUACGUCGAUCCUGAAAGGGGAGCUGAUGUCCCUGGCUUGAGCUAUGUUCAAGCUGCGUUGUCCGCCCCGUUCACCAAAGCCAAGUCAUGGGCCAUGGGCAAGAAGCAGCCUACCGAGGGAGCGGCGGCUGUGGUUGAGUCACCCGAACGCCAAUCUCUCCUUCUUCCUCCGGUGACGGCGCCUGUGGUACCAGCAGGGUAUAACACGAUGACAUCUUCCCAGGGAACAACCUCGGUGUCGGAUGGGGAUGACGACCUCACAUCUCGUGAGGACAACAAUUACCCCACCGAGGGCUACCUCGUUCAUCACGCUACAUUCCCAUCCAUCAACGAGCAGUCCCUUCGACGCUAUCGUGAAAACGUCAUGUUCUGGGGUACUACAGGUAGCUUCGCCACCUCGUUCAUAAUCAUGGCCAUUGCCGGCACCCUGCUCUUCACGGGGCGUCAUCGCAACAGACUCGAGGUCGACGCUGGGGCCGCGCUUGGCGUGAUUGCUAGCAUGUUUGCAGCCUCCUUUGGCACCACGCGGUCACAGGCUCUUCUAGGGCCCGUAGUCGACCUCAUAGUCUAUCAACAGACGCAGCAGCAUUAA